AUGGAGGCCAGAGUGGAGCGUGCUGUGCAGCAAAGGCAAGUACUAUUUCUUUGUGUAUUUCUGCAAGUGUCUUGGGCUGGUGGGGAACCACUACUGUAUUUUGUGGAAGAGGAAGCUGAAAAAGGCACCUUUUUGGCCAACCUAGCAAAUGACCCUGGGUUGGGGGAAUCCUUAGCCCGGGGACCUAGAAUCAUUUCAGACCAGAAUACAGGAUUUUUACUACUCGAUCCGUUUACUGGUGAUUUAUUUCUAAAUGAGAAAUUAGACUGACAGGACCUGUGUGGCCCCACAGAGCCUUGUGUGCUGCCUUUCCAGUUGUUACUGGAAAAAGCUCUUCAGAUUUUCUGUGCUGAAUUAUGGGUCAGAGACAUCAAUGAUCAUUCUUCAGUAUUUCUAGAUAGAGAGAUAUCCUUGAAAAUAUUAGAAGUUACCACUCCAGGGGCAGCAUUUCUCCUAGAAAGUGCACAGGAUUCAGAUGUUGGAACAAACAACCUGAGAAACUACACCAUCAGCCCCAAUGCCUAUUUCCACAUUAAUGUCCAUGAUAGUGGGGAGGGGAUUAUCUAUCCUGAAUUGGUGCUGGAUAGACUGCUGGAUCAAGAAGAGGUGCCUGAGCUCAGUUUACUCCUCACCGCCUAGGAUGGUGGCUCUCCACCCAGCUCUGGAACUGCCCUGGUAUGCAUCCUGGUUUUGGACAUCAAUGACAACGCCCAUGAAUUUGUACAGUCUCUCUACAAGGUGCAGGUGCCUGAGGAUAGCCUUGUUGUCUCUCUGGUUGUCACCAUGUCAGCUAGAGAUUUAGAUACCGGAAGUAACGGGGAAAUAGUUUAUGCAUUUUUUUAUGCUACUGAAAGAAUUCUCAAAACGUUUCAAAUCAAUCCAACAUCUGGCAAUCUUCUUAAAGCUGAAUUGAACUAUGAGGCAAUGCAAAUUUAUAAAUUAACUAUUCAGGCCAAAGAUGGCAGAGGACUUUCUGGAAAACGUACGAUGGUGGUUCAGGUAACAGAUAUAAAUGACAAUCCACCAUAACUACUCAUGUCAUCACUUACUACAGCAAUUAAAGAAAACUCACCUGAGACAGUCAUAGCUGUUUUUAGGAUUCGAGACAGAGAUUCAGGAAACAAUGCAAAGAUGGUGUGCUCCAUCCAAGACAAUCUCCCCUUCGUCCUGAAGCCACCUGUAGAGAAUUACUACACCCUGGUAACCGAUAGCUCUCUGGACAGAGAGAAAAGAGCCGAGUACAACAUCACCAUCACCGUCACUGACAUGGGAACCCCCAGGCUGAAAACCGAGCACAACAUAACCGUGCUGGUGUCCGACGUCAACGACAACGCCCCCGCCUUCACCCAGACCUCCUACACCCUGUCCGUCCUCGAAAACAACAGCCCCGCCCUGCACAUCGGCAGCGUCCGCGACAGAGACGCGGGCGCCAACGCCCAGGUCACCUACUCGCUGCUGCCGCCCCUCGACGCGCACGUGCCCCUGGCCUCCCUGGUGUCCAUCAACCCGGACAACGGCCACCUGUUCGCCCUGAGGUCCCUGGACUACAAGGCCCUGCAGGCGUUCGAGUUCCGCGUGGGCGCCGCCGACCGCGGCUCGCCCGCGCUCAGCAGCCAGGCGCUGGUGCGCGUGCUCGUCGUGGACGACAACGACAACGCGCCCUUCGUGCUGUACCCGCUGCAGAACGCCUCGGCGCCCUGCACCGAGCUGGUGCCCAGGGCAGCCGAGGCGGGCUACCUGGUGACCAAGGUGGUGGCGGUGGACGGCGACUCGGGCCAGAACGCCUGGCUGUCGUACCAGCUGCUCAAGGCCACGGAGCCCGGGCUGUUCGGCGUGUGGGCGCACAACGGCGAGGUGCGCACGGCCCGGCUGCUGAGCGAGCGCGACGCGGCCAAGCACAGGCUGCUGGUGCUGGUCAAGGACAACGGCGAUCCGCCGCUCUCGGCCAGCGUCACGCUGCACGUGCUGCUGGUGGACGGCUUCUCGCAGCCCUACCUGACGGCCCGUGAAGCGGAAGCGGCGGACGCGGCCCCGGCCGCCCCUCUCACCGUCUCCCUGGUGGUCGCCUUGGUGUCGGCGUCGUUGCUCUUCGUCUUCUCGGUGCUGGUGUUCGUCGCGGUGCGGCUGUGCAGGAGGGGCGGGGCGGCCUCGGUGGGUCGCUGCUCGGUGCCCGAGGGCCACUUUCCGGGCCACCUGGUGGACGUCAACGGCACGGGGACCCUGUCCCAGAGCUACCAGUAUAAGGUGUGUCUGCGGGGAGGUACUGCCAGCGAGUUCAAGUUCCUGAAGCCGAUUAUCACCAAAGCCGAUUAUCAUCUCACAUCCCAGAGCAUAGGCAGGAAAGUGGAAGAAUAUCCCUCAUAUCAGAAUGAUUUCGGUUUCUGA